AUGAGCUUUCCUCUACUAAAUUCACCUACCAUAGACUACUAUGAAGGUGAACAGGACGGAAUGAUGAUUAUAAGUGAAAGAUCCAACACGAAGCAGCUUCUGAAAACAUUUUGGAACGAACUUUUAGAUAAAAAACAGUUUUCUGCCACUGCAGAGGGAGAUGCCACAGUAAAACUUGUAAGUUUGAUCGAGCUCGUCAAACGUCGCUGUGAAGAACAGAAAGUUUCCGUUCGUCAGUCUAUAGCUGUGCUUCCUAGUAUACGAAUGCUUUCGGGGAAUGGACUGGAGAAAGAAACAAGCUCGAAACCAAAGCUGAAAAUUGACCUGCAGAUCAUUGAGCAAGCAACAUAG